AACCAAACGAUAGGUACGUGGUGCAGUCCCACCAACAAUCAUAAUCACUCUUCAAAAGAGGUUAUGGCGAUCGAUACUGAUCACUUUAUCCAACAUUUGAGACUUACAACUAAAGCUUCGAAAAAACUGGCGGAUAGCCUGCACGAGGAAAUAACAGAUGAAAUGACUGAUUUACUUAACAGGGAUUGGCUACAGUAUCCGCAAAUGCGAUACUGCACAUCACAACUACUAGUAGGUGCGAUCAUCAUCGAAGGUUCAAAAGCUAUUGUUAUCAACGCUUUGGAACCGUAUUCUCGAGACACACUACUCGAUGCACAUCACGAGCGGAAGUUAUUCGGCGCUGCGACGUCAUUUCCUUCCGAAACUAAUCAAUACGGCUUUCUUUCAAUAUGCCAACUGUCAAUUUCUGAUGGUCUCAAAUUGACUAUCGGUUCGCGUACUUGCAAUUUCCUUGUAACCUCUGGCCUUCGUCUCGAC